AGUGGUCUGAGCGUCGAAUGGAUGAAGGACAAUAAAGGUAAUCUUCAGAAAGCAGAAGAAAGUAAGCAAUGGAAUGUGUCUGUCCAGCAGCAGGCAUCUACCCUAUGAAAAAAUUCUAUGCAUUACUACUUAGCCUUUUAGCACCUCAAGAAUAAAUAUGCAUCGGUUGAGUGACCUUAUUCACUAUAGAUUGUAUGCCUUUGUUAUACACAGCUGCUGCUAACAUCGCUUUCUGAAACACUCUAAAGCUGAUAGUGAGAUAAUGAUCAAAUGGAAUCUUUUAGGUUCAGCCAAAGUGGACAGUGAGGAAAUGAUUUCUAGCGAAUGCGGCUGUAGAGAGAGAGAGAGAGAGAUAAGGAUAGAACAGAAAGAAGCAAAGCACAAAAGAACACUACACAGUUGAUAGAAUCGAACACUUGAACUUUGAAUUCAAAUGCAAAGAAUCUACUUUUUGGACUAAAUUGUCCAGAAGUAAACUCUGAGGUGUUCUCAUCCCCAUCCUGUGCAUUGCUAUAGUGUGUUCUACUCCCGCUGCUCAACCCAUACAGCUUAUAUCUUUGAUCAGCGACCAAAGCCUGCAUACUCAGCGUUUCCCUGUCGCCUGAUUUUAGUGUAUAGAAUCGAAAUGCUUUGCUCUUAUUAGAACCAAGGACACUUUUAUCACUAUAUGUAGUGAGAAGUAACACAGAAGAAUACUGCUGUUUUAUGAGAAAUCAUACGUAGACAGGUGUUUCUCCAAAGAGUAAUAGAUACACAACAUGCCAAACCUAGAUGAAAAUAUGGUUUUCCAUAAGUUAAAGCAAGAAAUUAUUCUAGCUCAUUCGAUACACAAACAGGAGCGAAAGCUAGAAUAAACCAUUACUUAACUCUAGAGGAAAUAUAAACCACUAGUGCAAAAGUGCCACUUUCUUUUACAGUGCAAGCAAAGACAACUAGCAUUGAUAAAACAAUUGUGAUUAAUCAUUAUCUUAUCUUUUCAGGUAUCCAAUUCGGAAAAAUCGAACCAUUCAAUUCUCCUAUGCAAAACUAUUCCAACGCCAGAAGCCAUCGAAACGUUUACAAAAUCGAUCAUCUCCACGGCAAACACGGCAUAAUCAAAAUGUGCCACAACUAGUUAUGAUCGCCGAAAUAGUGCAAGAUCUUAUAUCAAGAAAUUUAGCCGAUUACAAAAAUAGUGGUCUUAUUUGUUACGAUCGUGAAACAAUCGACAAACAAUUAUUUGAAUAUUUGAAGAGGUAUUACAAAUUAAAACGUAAACAUCAACGGUGUAGUAGAUUGUUGGAUAAAUUACAAUUAGAUGCCGAAAAUUACGUGGCAAUCAAUAAACUACAAGAAGCACAUGAUAUAAAGUUUGGUGUGACAAUGCGAAAGGGCAAAGCAUACAUCACAAAAUUAAAAACUGGAAAAUAUCGUCGUGAUCGCUAUUCAUUGUACAUAUCAUUUGUUAUACACGAGACGAUGGUUAAUAGCUAG